AUGAAUACUAUUAGGGGUUAUUUCACAAUGAAGACUGUUAGGGGUUAUUUCACAAUGAAUACUAUUAGGGGUUAUUUCACAAUGAAGACUGUUAGGGGUUAUUUCACAAUGAAGACUGUUAGGGGUUAUUUCACAGUGAAGACUGUUAGGGGUUAUUUUACAAUGAAUACUAUUAGGGGUUAUUUCACAAUGAAGACUGUUAGGGGUUAUUUCACAAUGAAGACUGUUAGGGGUUAUUUCACAAUGAAGACUGUUAGGGGUUAUUUCACAGUGAAGACUGUUAGGGGUUAUUUCACAAUGAAGACUGUUAGGGGUUAUUUUACAAUGAAGACUGUUAGGGGUUAUUUCACAAUGGAGACUGUUAGGGUUAUUUCACAGUGA